AUGGCCAAACCGUACGGACCCGCAGACAUCAAAGCGUCGGCACUGGAGUUGAUUGGGAACACACCGCUGGUGGCGUUGGACCGUAUAUGGCCCGGACCGGGCCGUAUACUCGCAAAGUGUGAGUUCAUGAACCCGGGCGCCAGCAUUAAGGACCGCUCAUCCCUGUCGAUGAUCCAGCGGGCGCUCAACUCCGGCAAACUCAAGCCCAACGGACCCAUCGUUGAGGUGACGAGCGGUAACCAGGGCUGCGGUUUGGCGAUUGUGGCCGCUGUGUUGAAACAUCCGUUAACGUUGACGAUGUCGGCCGGCAAUAGCCCGCAACGGGCGUCG